CGUACUCGAGCUAUGGCUAACCAAAGGGAAUCGGUUGCUGCAUUUCCCGUUCCGUCUAGCGGGAAAGAUCGCCACGAUCGAAGAGUUUAUCCAACUGUUCAAGAAAAACAUUUCCUUCGUCAUACUCUGCAUGCAGCCGGAACGGUUCGAACAGUUCUGCAAAUCGAUUGGCGUACAGCAGGCAGAAAUGGUGAAGAGUAUACUGCCGAAAUGUGUUUCGUUCCUUCUGCCCAAGUACGCCAAAUGUGAAGGGAUGGCGCCCAAGUAUGAUGCAAUAGCUAGUCGGAUGCACAAAGCACUUGCCCCUAUAAUAAGCACGGUAGAUCUUAAAGAUUACGUGUCGGAAAUUAUCAAACACCUCACCCACCGAUUGAACGAUCACGUUGAGCUGGGCAAGCUGUUGGACCAGGACCUGCCAAGCUGCUUCGUUGCCGAUCUGUCGCUUAGCAAAGCCACUUACUCGACGGCGCUCGAGCACCUGAAACAGUCGGUAUGGGGAUCGCAAUCGUUCAAGUACACGCUGCUGAGCAAUUUGUGUUUUAAAAACAGCUCACCAAUUGAACGCACCCUAACGGAUGUCAAACGCUGGCUUUGGGCGGCUGAUGAACCGGAGCAGAAAAUGGUACAUCUCUUCCAGUACACGGUGUUUCUCGACCAUCUGAAAGAGUACAUCGGACAGCAGAAGGAACGCGCGUUCAAACCCUAUCUCGUGCGAGAUGUGGUGUAUUUCCUGUGCAACUUGUUGUCCUCCUUUCCCGCCCUACGACUUGCCACGCUCAACAGCUUCGGGCGGUUCCUGGAGCACGUGGUCGCAUCUAGCGAUGCGUGCGAGCUGCUCUCGGAACAUUUGCACUUCAUAGUGUCAUCAUUGCUGGAGGUGGAAAAUGUCGAUCCGGCAUCGGAGAUUUCUCAAAAAUCGCUAACUCUGCUACGGUUUCUGAUCUUACAACACUCUGCCGCGUUUGCGGGUGCGAUCGGUAAGCUGAAUUAUCUACCAAAGGACGAACGAUUCGAUCAGUUGCGGCUUGCUAUAUCGCGCCAAAAAACGAUCGGUCAUGAAAAUGUGCUGCCAAGGGAAGAAAUCGCGGCGCUGAUUGAGUUGCCCAAUUUAAGAUACGAAGAUUUGGCUGCGCUGAAGAUUGUGCUCACCACCAAAAAGAAAGAUCUAAAAUUAUUGUGCGAUGAGCUGAGCGAGCAAAGCGCAUCGUCGGGCGCUAAUGGGGAAAGCGUGCUUCAUCGGUUAGUCUACACUUUGCUGGAAGUUGUGCGCAGCUCCCCGUUCGACAAGCGAUCGAUGGAAGCUCUCCGAUGUUUGAGUGAAAUAGGACCGAUCGAUCUGGGAACAAUGCUGUUAAAAUCCGACGCAGAAAUGAUUGCUUACGAUACGAUCAACAACUCGAAGGAAGCAAUCGAACGAUGUGCUGCGGUGCUGCUGAGCGAAUUGAACGAGCUGAUAACGAACAGAAACGUUCCGGUUGCAAACUACGCCUCACUGAUUUGCUACAAAAUGCUGUACGGAAAAACAUUCCAUGCUUUGGCGGCCAAACUACCAACACUGCACCCAUUUUUGGGAACUUCUGCGGAAGAGAUCAAACUCUUCACUCGUACCACCGGACGCAGUUUGUCGUUGCGGCCAAUGCUUGCCAACGAACGGAUCGAGUACAGCGCUUUUGUGCAGCAGCUGUCAGCCGCGUUGCUGUCAUUUUUGGGAAAUACGAUGAUUAAAAAACUGGCCGAACAGGAAACGACAUUCGUCGAGAAGCUUGUCCCUUUGCUGGUACAGAUAACGAUAAAGCAAUUCGAAGAGUCAAUCAUCGAUAGCAUGGGCAGCUUUAUUAAUGAGUUUUUCAACGAGUUCGCUGCCAUUCAAAAUGAGGUUCACAAUAUUUUCAAUGACCCGAAAGCUAUUCAACUGAUGCUUACCAUCGUGGAGUGUGUUCGGAUACAUAAUCAAUGCUUUCCACAGUACAAAAUUUCCGUUAACUAUCUACGAAUCGCACAAGCGUCUCAAUUCUGUCAGGCACACUUUAAAGCCAUCCUGUAUGGUGACCUCUGGUACCGGGAGGAAGAGGAGCAAGGCAAGCAUGAUGCCAAACGACACCCGGAACUGCAAAACAUAAUGAAAUCAUGCCAUUUGGCGAUCGGCGUAAACGAUGCAGUUAAAUAAUUCC